AUGACGAUUAUUUCUAGACCAUUGAGUGUUGUUGAAAACUUCUUCCGUAGUAGAACUGCAGUUGGUUACUAUACAAAUUUCCAAUUAACCGCCACUUAUUCUGAAAAGAUUUCUUUAGAAUUAUUAGGAAAAGCAUUGAGAAAGACAUUAAUUGAUUAUCAUAUAUUGGCUUGUAAUAUCCAGAAGGGAACUGAAUAUUGCUCUUAUGAACCAAUCGAGGAAAUAUACCUCAAUGAUAUUGUUGAAAGUCAAAUCAAUGAUGAAAUAUCUGAAGAAUUUUUAAAAAAAGUUUCAGAUAUACAAUUUCAAUUAUAUACCAAUAAGCCACUCUUCAAAGUAAUUUUACUUGGAAAUUUUAAAAUUUGUGCAAUUUUUGAACAUUCAAUUGCUGAUGGAAUUGCAGGAGUUCACUUCCAUGAAAUCUUAAUUGAAAACUUUGAUUUCAUUCAAAGAAAUCCAAUUGAAUUUGAACAAGAAUAUGGCUGGGUUGGAAUUAAUUCUCCAAUUUUCAAUUUGAAUCAAGAUCAAGAUAAGAUAAAAUAUUCACUCCCACCACCAGUUGAUUACUUUUUGGAACAUUAUAAUGUAGAUUAUUCCAAUAAUGAUCCAAAUCAUUACUCCAAGAUAACCCCUCCUGGAUAUGAAAAAUGGAAGGGAAGAUUCCCAAGUUGUAGAGAAUUUAGUUCAGCGUUUAAAUUGGUUAAUAUUUCACCAAUUAAAAUAAACCAAAUAUUACAAAAAUGUAAAAAAGAAGGGGUCACUCUAACGGCAUUUAUUGAAGUUGUCGAAGCCCUUACCCUUCAACCAGUAUUUGGAGAUUCAUGUUACACAUCACACAAAGUUGCCAUGAAUUUACGUCGUCAUUUAUCCGUUGAAGGUGAUUUAGGUAAACAUUUAGAAAAUUAUCCAAACCAUAAGGUUCUUGGAACUAUGGCACAUAUGGGAUUAUCAGAAAAUUUCCCUCCAAUUAAGGAAUUUUCAUGGGAUUUAGUAAGGUCUGUUAAUAGCAACAUUUUACAAAGUGUUGCCAAUAAAAAGGUAUUGAAUGUAUCUAAGGCAUUUAAUGACAUUGCCAGUCCCAUUGACGAUAACAAAGAAAUCUUCACUUCACAAGCAGGGAAAACAAGACCAGACGCUAUCAAGAUUUCAAAUUUAGGAUUUGUUCAAGCAUCUUCAGGUAAUUGGAAUAUAACUGAUGUUGUAUUUUCUCAAGAUUUGGCAGUCAUUGCCGCAGACUUUAUGCUUAAUAUUGUUUCUACAAAAGCUGGAGGAUUGAAUUUUGUAUUAAGUUUUAUAGACAAUCCAGAGCUUGAAUUGACCGAUGUUGCUAAUACUUUGAAAGAUAAUCUUUUAAAGUUUGCCUUAGAAUGA